GCCCUUUCCUUUGGUGAUAAGGCUGAUAAGGAGCACUCACAAGACUCGGUGCCAUGAAGCUCCAGGCCAUGGCCGAGGAAAUGGAAGGCCAUGGGACCUCCUUCAUAGGUGGCCUCAUGAAAGCGGCUGGCUCCCUGGCCGGCGCGGCGGGCGCACUGGGUGGCCUGGCGGGGAAAGGGCAGAGCAUACUGAUCCCGGAGCCGAAGGCGGAGACCCCGCGGGACCGGUUCAAGCUGAUUCUGGCCAUGAAGCGUGCGGGAUACCCGGACGACCACUCACCGCAGCCAGACGCGGGGUCCCAGGGGCAGAUGGGCUUCAAGGGCCUGCACUGGGCAAGGCACGAGGUGGCCAACGCCCUGCGGGCCAUGGAGAGCAUGAAGUUCGUGAAGGAGCAAGCAAGGGUGGCCAAGGCCAUCGCGGACAAAGCCGCCGUGCAGCUGACGUACCUCAUGGAGUCUCCCUGCCUUCGGGGCGUCGGCAAGCAGCCGGGGAACGCAGCGACGCUCCCGGAUGAUCGGAAAGAUGGCGAUGAUGUUUUAUCUGGCGCAGCGAGUGCCAAGAACUCAAAACUGGCAAUGUGCCCGGCCUUCCUUUCUGUGCUCCUGCCGGCAAGAUUGACUUCUCGCCGGAGAGCCAUCAAGCAGUGCAACUUCCUGUGAGCCCGAGCGCUGGGC